GCUCGCGAUGCUGCUGAAGUGGAGAGAGCCUAGCAGCAGUUUCUCCUCUUCACUACGCGAGUAGCGAGAGCGACAGUUUCCUAACCGUCUUGUUCUUCGUUUACAAUGUCGCUUCUAAACUUUUUCUAGAACAGAUUCGAGCAGUUCAUUCAGGUAAUUUUCCCGUUCGAUUCUGACGAGGACAUGGAGUAUUGGCGACAAUGCGCGCUGUGGCUGAUCAGUUGCAAAGUGCUUCCUCCGAACCACCGUGUAACGGGGGACGCCGCUCAGGUAUUUGACCUGGCGCAGACUCUGCGAGACGGAGUGUUGCUGUGCCAGCUGCUGAACAACCUGAGACCCCAAACCAUCAACCUGAAGGAGAUCAACCUCCGGCCACAGAUGUCCCAGUUUCUGUGCCUGAAGAACAUCCGGACCUUCCUGACCUCCUGCUGUGACACGUUUGGGAUGAAGAAGACAGACCUGUUCGAGGCCUUUGACUUGUUUGAUGUCCGGGACUUUGGAAAGGUAAUGGACACUCUGUCCAAGUUAUCCUACUCCAUGAUUGCACAACAGUCUGGAAUCAAGCCAUUUCCAACAGAGGAGAGCUUGAAAGAUGAGGACAUUUACAAUCAUUUGGAGGACCUAAUGGAUGAGAACGGCUCAGAGGAUGAUGAGGAUCUGUAUUCUUCAGUGUAUGGGAUUGACAUCAGCGAUGAUGGAGGAGAGAUCUAUGAAGAUCUGAUGAGGACAGAACCACACCCUACUCUGAAGCAAGCUGAGCAGAGUGUGAGAAGCUGUUGUCUGUCUGAAAUCAAACAGACAGAGGAAAGAUACACUGAGACCCUGGAAUCAAUAGAGAAGUACUUCCUUAUUCCACUGAAGAAAUUCUUGUCUGCGGCAGAGAUCGAUGACGUUUUCACAAACAUCCCUGAGCUGGUGAAGGUCCAUAAGUGUCUGAUGGUGGAGGUGCAUGAAUCAAUCGUCAACAAGAACGCCUUAAACCUCUACCAGAUCUUCAUUUCCUACAAGGAAAGGUUACUCAUUUAUGGAGUCUACUGCAGCCACGUUGAGAGGUCCAUAGCAGUGUUGGAUUCUAUCAGCAAGGAGAAAGAGGAUGUUGGACUGAAGCUCAAGGAAUGUUCUAAGAGAGCCAACAAUGGGAAGUUCACACUGAGGGAUCUACUGGUGGUUCCCAUGCAAAGAGUCCUUAAGUACCAUCUGCUUCUUCAGGAGCUGGUGAAGCACACUCCCGAUGCAGCCGACAAAGACAAUCUGAAGAUGGCCCUCGAUGCCAUGAAGGACUUAGCUCAGUAUGUCAACGAAGUGAAGAGAGACAAGGAGACUCUGAGGGAGAUUGACCAGUAUCAGCGCUCCAUUGAGAACCUGAACCAGUCUCUGGCUAGCUAUGGCCGGCCCAAAGGGGACGGGGAGGUCCGCAUCAUCUCUAACGUUGACAAAAGGAAACAAGACAGACAUAUCUUCCUGUUCGACGUGGCCGUCAUCAUCUGCAAGCGAAGAGGAGACGUCUAUGAGAUGAAGGAUGUGAUCGACCUCAACUACUUCAAGAUCACAAAUAACCCUACGCAGGACCGAGAGAGCAAGAAGUGGUGCUACGGGUUCUACCUCACACACCAGCAGGGCCAGAGUGGCUUCGAGUUCAUCUUCAAGACCAAGGAGUUGAAAAAGAAAUGGCUGGAUCAGUUCGACAUGGCCUUGUCCAACAUCAGGCCAGGGAAUGCCAAUAAUAACUCCCACCAGUUCAGGAUGCACACCUUUGACAGAAUCACUACCUGUAGCGCCUGCCACCUACUGCUCAGGGGUAUCUUCAACCAGGGCUAUAUGUGUGUUAAGUGUGGUCUAGGGGCCCAUAAAGAGUGUCUGGGUCGACUGGGCAUCUGUGGAAAAACUGAUUCUGCCACACCGAGGCCCCAGAGGUCUCCGAUGGUACGGACACAGCCAGAUCCAGGUCUUCCCAAGAUGGUGGUGAUCAAAGACUAUUGUGGCAUUCCCCCCCCGCAGACUGGCUCUUCGCUGACCAUCCAUGCUGGGGACAUCAUUGAGCUCAUCUGUGCUGACCUGCACAGCUCCUGGUGGCAGGGCAAGAUCCUGAAGACGAGAGAGAUUGGCUACUUUCCCAGCGAUGCAGUCAGGCCCUGCCCGUGUGUGCCAAAACCAGUUGAUUACUCGACCCAGCUCUGGUUUGCAGGGCCAAUGGAGAGACACCAGGCAGAGGUUGAGUUGAUGGACAGAGAAAACAGCACCUACCUCAUCAGACACAGAACCAGAGAGUGUACUGAAUACGCCAUCAGCAUCAAGUUCAAGGAUGAAGUGAAACAUAUUAAGAUUCUGACCAAGAGUGGAAGUUUUUACAUUGCGGAGACGAGGCUGUUCAAGACUGUCUUGGAACUGGUGGAGUACUAUAAGCAGCACUCUCUGAGGGAGGGCUUCAGGACUCUGGACACCACACUUGAGGUCCCCUUCAGGGAGUCGGGCAAUGGAAACUGUGUCCCUCUGCCGGUCAGACUCACCUGUAGUGAUUCACCUCCAGGCGGCUGGGGCUUUGUUCCUCCUUCUUCCUCUCCUUUCUGGUCAGUCUUCUCUCCCAGGGUGCUGGGCAUAGCGGUGGCACGCUAUGACUUCUGCUCACGAGAUACCAGAGAGAUAUGUCUACAGGAAGGAGAUGUGGUUCAGAUCUACACCAAGAUGUCUAAUGGCUGGUGGAGGGGAGGAGUAAAUGGCAGGGUGGGCUGGUUCCCCUCUACAUAUGUGGAAGAAGAGGACUGAGCUGCAGUUUGCAUAUCCACUUAAUGGACUGAAUAGUUCUUGAAGAUGAAGACCAACACGGCCCCCUACCAGGGAGAAUCGACAUUCCCUCUCCACACUCAGCUGUCUUCAAUGCUGAUUUUUAAAACCUAUUGUUAAAAUAAUUUACCAGGCAGCUGAACAAGCCUCCUUGGACACUAAAAGCUGGUUAACCAACCACACUGUGACUGUUAUCCAACAUACCUGUGACUGCUAACCAACAUCCUUGUGACUGUUAUCCAACAUACCUGUUAAAGCUAACCAAUAUAAUUAUGACGGAUGACA